AUGCAUACAGAAAACGGGCCACAGAAUGCCAAAGACCUAAAUUCUGGAUUUUAUGGGCCACAAUCCUUGGCUGAUAUUGGUGUCUCUGCGGAAGAAACUGGUGAUCAAUAUUUUGAACCGAUUUACGCGGGCUCGGGUGAACCCACCGGGAUCAGUUUGGAAGAAAUGAACGAUUCAUCUCAAUUCUUGAACCAAGGUGGUCUCCAUGAACAGCAGUUCAGCAAUACCAACGACCUCUCUCCUGAUUUCUCUACUCAAUUUCAGGCACAAUUAACAGGAACUUUGUUGAGUGAUUCGUUUCAAGACUUGGCAGCAUUCAUGGAUAACCAUACCCCAUUGGCAGAUGAUUUUGCUUCAUUCGUCUCACCAACACAGGGGCUCGAUUUCCCUUUGCUAGAUCACUACAACGGUACUGGAUGUAUAUCCCCGGCCCUGGGUGCAGAUUUGAGGACGGUAAGCACACACCAACCGGGAGAGACAGAUACAUUCUCAAGACUUGGGUCACGUUUACCGUCCUUACAGCCAGAAGAGGAUACAUCACGAGCUGUUCAAAUAGCCCGCGCAGUAAAUUUGUUUGAAGGAAUUAGCACACAGACUCGCAGCAUUCUCAUCGCCAAGGUGGAACAAUUUGCUGCUGUGAUGCCUCAAACAUUCCAAAUGCCAUCCAGACUAGCUAUGUCUCGUUACUUGACAGCUUAUGUCAAGGGGUUUCACGAGCACAUGCCUUUUCUGCACAUUCCCACUAUUUCAGCGGAGGGAUGUCGUAUUGAACUUGUACUGGCCAUUGCCUCAAUUGGGGCACAGUAUUGCUUUGAGCCCCAAAAAACAGUUCAACUAUUCCAAGCAAGUCAUCUCAUUGCAAGAGAGCGAAUCAGAAGACAAGAUGCGUUAUCGGAGUCUCAUACAGAUAAUGAUCAGCUGUCCCUAGGGCGCUCCGAUGACAAGCCUUACAAUCAGUCAGUACAAUAUAAAGAGAAUGAAAUCCAAACCGCGCAAGCUCUCUUGCUCCUCAUGGCCGAGGCAACAUGGUCAAACCACCGGACAAUCUUGCGUGAAGCCCUAGCCAUCCAGAGUAUUCUGGCAACUCUCGUUCGCGAUGAUGGUCUCAAAACGACACCGCUACCGGAGAAUACCACUUGGGAGAACUGGGCUACAUAUGAGAGUACCAAGAGAACCAAGUGGAUAGUGUUCUGCUUCUUCACCUUGCACACCAUUGUGUAUAACAUUUCAUCUCCAAUUCUUAGCUCAGAUGUCGAUGGGAUGUUACUGCCUUGCAACUUUGCAACUUUUCGAACUAUGUCCGAAAACAAGUGGCGAAAUUUGAUGGGCAACGAGCAUGAAAUUUGGUUCAAGGAUGCAUUCUCGCACCUAUUCCAAGAAAAUUUCGAUACUACUCACACGGCGCCAAAUUCUACACUUGGAAACUAUAUCCUUGCCCACGCGUUGAUUCAGCACAUCUACCUUGUCCGCGAAGUCUCCCGCCAUCGCCGAAAAGAGAUGCCAGAAGAAGAAAUCGCAUCUAUUGAGCUUGCCUUGCGAAAUUGGAAAUCCAUGUGGAAACACACCCCGGAUUCGAGCAUCGACCCUUCAAACCCUGCAGGCCCGGUGUCCUUCAACUCGACUGCUCUCCUACGUCUAGCAUAUAUUCGGCUCCAUGCAGAUAUCGGGCCCGGUCGCGCACUUCACACGCGCGACCCGGUGCAGAUUUCUAACGCAUUUCUCAAUGCUCAGAUAAUCUCGAGGACACCGAGGCUUCUACGGGCUGUGCUUCAUGCGGCACACGCUUUGAGUAUUCCUAUUCGCAUCGGCGUCCAUCUUGUCUCACAGACGCAAACUUUCAGAUGGUCCAUCCAACAUUCCUUGGCUACUCUUGAAUGUGCCUUCUUACUAAGUAAAUGGCUGGAAGCUCUAUCCUCGCCUGCAGCAAUUCAGUCUAUUACUCCUGGCGAGCAUAGAAUGGUGAUGCUGGUGAAGACGAUGUUGGAUGAAACGGACUUCGCCGUUCCUUUGACCUUCACUGUUGGAUCGCCGGCCGGAAUGAAGUUGCUGUCUGCCAAUGUUUUGCGUGUCUGGGCAAAGGUUUUCUAUGCCCCUGCACAGGUAUGGGCUAUAGUCGAAAUUGUGCGAGUCUCGCUGGAGCUAUGCGCGGAUUUGGUUGAAAACAUGUAA